GUUUGAUUGCUGUUGCAUUCCUGUUGAGUUGCUUGCCAACGAAACGCGGUUGUGUAGGCUAGGCCUAGUUUUUACCUUUUAUUUACGUGUUUGUUUAUUUCUCAUUUGCUAAAAUGAGUCGUCCAAUGAGCAGCUCAGGUCGCCGUCCUACCACAGGAAUGAGGCCUCCAUCAGGAAUGAAACAACCACCACCAGGAACGGCAAUGAGAAUGCCAACUGGAGCAAUGGUACCUGGAACUGGUAGACCAGGAACAAGAGGAGGUGGGGUACCAAUGACAGGAGGGGGUGGAGUGCUGGAUUCAAAGAUAAAUGUUGUUGAUCGACCAACAACCCAACAGGGUUUGGGAGGAAUGAGAACAGCAAAGAAAGGCCCUCAGCGUGUGGUCAUGGACAGGUCGUACUAUCUUGGGUUACUUCGGACCAAGAUGAGUGAGCUGUCUACAGAGAAUGCCAGACUUCAAAAAGAGAUUGACAUAGUUAAUGAAGAGAAUGAUAGCUUUCUAUCCUAUGAGAAAAGAGCGGAACUGAAGGCAAAUGAGAUUCGACAAUUACAAGGGCAACUGGGAGAUUACAAUAUGCUGCUUGAUAAGGUAAACACAGACACAGAGAUGGAUGAUGUUUUAGAAGACUACAAUGAGCUGAAAGAAAUGAAUGAUGAUGAGGCAAAGCAUGUAGACCAAAUAUUCUCAGAAAGACAAGAUAAAGAACAACAGAUUCUUCAGCUUGAGCAAGAGAUACAGCAGUGUCGAAGGAUGGCAGACACACUUAUUGAAGAUAUGGACCCUGCAAUGAAGCAGAAGUAUUUGCACUUGAAGAAGAACAGUGAGACACUGCUGCAGGACCUGGAAAGCAAACAACAGGAGCUGGACAUGAUCUCAAUGAAGAAGGAGAAUCUAGAAGAUGAAUUGUCCCAGUCUCAAGUAAAGCAAGAAGCAGUGCGUCUUUACGAACAACUUCAUGAGUUAGAAGCGAAGAAGACACAGUUGAUACAAGAAGAACAAUCGAAGGGAUCCCCGGCAGAGGAGCGUGAACGACUUCUGAAACAGGUGAAGGAAGAUAAUCAAGAAAUAGCAAGAAUUGAAAAACAGACAAAAGAUUUGCGAGGCAAAGUGGAAAGUUUACAAGAUGAAUUGCAGGAGUUGGACCAAGAACUAGAAGACCAUCAAGGUGAAAAGAACAGCAAGUACAAGGAAUUAAGGAAAAGAGAAGGAACCAUGGGUGAAUUCUUUGAGAGUUUUGAAGAAACAAAAAAGCUUGAGAUAGAAAGAACUGAGGUGUUACAGAGAAGCGUUGUUGCAUUACUUGGACACAUUAGCAGGAAUGUCGGUCGACAGAAGCACAUGCCAACUCCUAAGGAAUUGGCUCGCAUGCAAGAUGAUUUGAACUUCAAACAAAAUGAGAUGCAGAAGUCAGAAGCUACUGCAUCAUCACUGGCAGGUGAGAGUUCACGGUUGCAAGAGGAUCUGGAGAAGGUAGAGCAGCUGGAAAUGAAGAUUAAGGAAGAGAUGGAGCAGUUGACUGAUUCUAUUGAACAGAUGGAAAUGGAACUGAAGACAUACAUUGAUGUUGACACUGUCAAGAGAAAUGCUGAAGAAAGGAAGAAGAAACUUGGUCAAGAAAAAGUCAUUCUUGCUAAGAGAAAAGAUAUUUUCAAAAAGGAUAUGCAGGAUCUAUCCAGUCAGUAUGAGGCAUUGAAAGCCCAAUUGAGUGAGAAUGAAACAUAUGCACAACUUGGCAACAUGGAACGCAAAUGGCAACAUCAUGAACAGAACAACUUUGUCAUGAAAGAGUUCAUAGCUAACAAGGGCAUGGAGAGUGACUACCAGCCUAUUGUACGUGAUGUACAGCAACAGCUGAACGAGUACAACAAGAUAUUACAGGAUGAUCUCAUUAAAGUGGCCAAGAGAUAAUGAUGACGAGAGAACCCGAGAGGAUGAUGAUUGUUAAGGGGAGGUAACUAAGAAUGAUGAUGGUGUCGAGAGGGGCCUAAAGCUAAGGAUAAUUGGAGGAAGGGGCCUAGAGUUGAGGAUGACACCAGAGUAUCACCAGUUUGGUAUUCCACAAGUUGAAUAAGUAGAAUUGUUCAGUCACAGCUUUCCACUUCUGCAGGACUGUAAUUAACUGUGUUGAAUAAAGGAAAACAUGUUUUAUGUUUAAAGCUUUGUUUAUUUUUCACUGUAAUGAAGUGUUUUGUGUUUAGAUAGUAACAUGGAGGUAAUUUACCUCCAUGGUAAUAGUACAAACAAGAUAAUGGACCUAUCGGAGUGUCAAUCAAGCUUAAUAACUGACCAAUCAGAACACACCAGGAAUAUGUUCGUGUUCUAUAAACACAGGUGUUUGUCCCACAAACGCAUAAUUAUGUUUGCGUAUAUUUUAGCUUAACAAAAGUAUUCAAGGUGCAAGGCUCAAUGAAAAUCUACAUUAGAGCUUCUCUUAGGAUUUGGGAGUUGUUACCUGCAAGCAAUACUGUACCCCAUAGAGCUGUAUAUACUUUAUUUUAUUAUUUUAUACUUUAUAAAUAGGGAUUUGUCAAUUGUGUGAUGAUGGUAAGAUCUAAAAUGUAAUGACAUCAUGUGUUAUAUGCACAUGUAACAAUGUUAUGUUCUCAUUAUUGUCUGAAUUUUAGGAUAGAAAUCGAAAAGUUACUAAAGAUAACCUAACUUGUGGAAAACCGGAUUAUUACUUUGCAAUACAGUGUAUUAAUAUUGUUCAGUUUUUAUAUUUACUUGAAAAUGACUGAGAUUAUAGAUACCAAUUAAUACAAUUGUGUAAACAAUAUUGACGAUUUCAUGUUAGAAUAUAAUUUGGUGUAAAUUAAUGAAGAAUUACUGGAUUAAUGGAGAAUUAUAAUACUUAAUCCCUAUUGGAUUAAUGAAACUUAACCUUGAAUUUGUGUAAAAUCGUUUAUUUAUGUGAAUAUUAAUUACUUGAGUGUAAAUACAGAAGUAAUGUACAGUAUAUUAGUUAUUGAUGUGGCAAUUAAAAGUUAACGACUUUACCUA